AUGACGAUUAGCUCUAGUUAUCUUCCAUAUACCGAUUUCCUGGAGAAUCUGCCUGCCAACCCUGUCAAGGAGAUGUGCAAGAUCAUCGACGCUUUCCCCGCGGGAGCAGACGUCGUUGACAAGGCCUUCGCAGCAGCGAGCCUGUACUACAAUUACACGGGUGACCAGAAGUGCUUCAAGGUGGAGGGUGAGGAUGACCCCCAUGGCCUCAGCGGCUGGGUCUGGCAGGCCUGCACCGAGAUGAUCAUGCCGAUGAACGUGUCAAGCGAGAGCAUGUUCCCACCAUCCGGCUUCAGUUACGAGGAGGGGUCCGAGGAAUGUGUCGAGAGCUACGGAGUUCGGCCGAGGGAUCACUGGAUCACUACCGAGUAUGGUGGCACCUCGAAACAGAAAAUUUAUCAAGUUCUCAAGAGGUUUGGGAGCAACAUCAUCUUCUCCAACGGGAUGCGUGGCCCGUGGAGUCGAGGCGGGGUUCUCAAGAACAUAUCAUCCAGCAUCAUUGCUCUCGUCACAGAGGAAGUGGCUCAUCAUCUGGACUUCAGGUCUGCAACCAAGGAGGAUCCAGACUGGGUGGUAGAACAAAGGAGGCAAGAAGUUGAGAUUAUACAGGGGUGGAUAGAUCAGUAUAACCAGGACACUGCAGGAGAUGUCGCAGGUGAUAGACAAAGAAAAUUAACAUUAGUGCAGCUGCAAAUUCAGUAG